CGCACUCACACACCAAACGGACACUGUACGUUACGCCACGAUGGGACGGCGGACUCUCUAGUGCUUAUUACUCUUUCUUCUGCUGAUGUUCAGCUUGUACAAACUCUCAACCAAAGAAGAUUAAUGAGCCGCACACCGGAGCCCGGGAAUAUUUCGCCCUGAGUUUUCCCUCUUGGAUUCGGGACGGUCUGGGAGAGAACCAAAAGUAUGAAAGUGACGGUGUGUUUUGGAAGGACUCGGGUUGUGGUACCGUGCGGAGAUGGAAAUAUCAAAGUACACACGCUCAUCCAGCAGGCCACCAUGAGAUACAGGAAAGCAAUAGCCAAGGAGGCAGGUUACUGGGUGCAGGUUCACAGGUUGGAGCAUGGUGAUGGAGGAAUUCUGGAUCUGGAUGAUGUGCUGUGUGACGUUGCAGAUGACAAAGACCGGUUGGUGGCGGUGUAUGAGGAGCAGGAGCCUCAUGCUGGAGGUGAUGGGACUAGUGCGAGCUCUACAGGUACUCAGUCUCCUGACCUCUUCUCUGUGGAAGUAUCCUCCUCCACUCCACUCUCUGCCUUCCAGCCCUUCCACACCUACCAACCCAACAAUAAUAGUGAGAUAGAGGUCACACCCUCUGCCCUGCGCACCAACAUGCCACUACACGUGAGGCGCAGUAGUGAUCCUGCAUUAUUGAGCUUGGCAGCGAUAUCGUUCUCUGAGCCUCGCACUCAGCCUGAAGAACCUUCUAGAAAGAACCCCACACGCUGGUCCACCACAGCAGGCUUCCUCAAACCACGCUACUCCACUGGGACCAGCAGUCUGGAAAGGAAGAUGAUGAAUGGUCGAGGUUUGGAUACGUAUCGGAGUCUUCCUCGGGAUGCAGGCCAUUGGUCCAAUCAGAGGGAGUUUCAGCGAGAGACCGCUCGAUCCUCUUUAAGUGCCAAUCACCCCAUGGUGGACCGCUGGAUUGAGCGGCAGGAACAGGAAGAGGCACGCGAAGAGGAGGACAUUGGACGGAUUGAUCCAGUAGGCCGAGCGGACACCAGUUUAGAGCACGUGGGAGUGAGGUCACUAGAUGAUAUAGUGAAGCUGGUGGAGGUGUCUAAUGAUGGAGGGCCUCUGGGUAUCCAUGUUGUGCCUUUCAGCGGCCGUGAUCGCAGGACGCUGGGUUUGUUGGUGAAGCGGUUAGAGCGUGGAGGAAAGGCCCAGCAGCAUGGUUUGUUUCAAGAGAACGACUGCAUCAUUCGCAUUAACAAUGGAGACCUCUGCAAUGUCCGCUUCGAACAAGCUCAGAACAUGUUCCGUCAGGCAAUGCGCUCUCCGCUGAUUCUCUUCCAUGUUGUGCCGUCAGCAAAAAGAGCAGAAUAUGAGCAAAUCUCCCAAAGCGAGCGAAACCCUGCCCUGAACCACACCAACCUCGGUCGCCUGAGCCCCGACUCCCUCACUAGUGAGCCAGUCGGCACUGCUGAUCUCGACUCCAGCCCUCACAGACUUCCUCAACCCAGGCCUCAGUUAAGAAAUGAUCCCGUACAGCAUCCAGUCGGCUCCAUGGGUAAACCCCCCUCAGGCCAUGGCGCUUCCCCUCAGAGGGUCUUAAGCUCCACCCCCACACCAGGCUUCAGUAAAAGGUUCGGCCGGAGACUCGGAAUCCAGCUCAAGAAAGGUCCAGAAGGUCUUGGCUUCAGCAUCACAUCCAGAGACGUCCCCCUGGGAGGCUCCGCCCCCAUCUACGUGAAGAACAUUCUGCCAAGGGGAGCGGCCAUCAAAGAUGGACGUCUGAAGGCUGGAGACAGACUAUUAGAGGUGAAUGGGGUGGACCUGAAUGGGCGUGGUCAGGAGGAGGUCGUGUCCCUGCUGAGAGCCACACCGAUGGGCGGCGCAGUCAAUCUGUUAGUGCUGAGACAGGAAGAAACCUUUCUGCCCAGAGAGCCGAAUGCAGAGUCUACAGUGCAGAAUACAAGAGACUUGGUGGAAGAGGAGUUGGUCAUGACCCCUGACGGGACUCGAGAGUUUCUGACAUUGGAGGUGCCCCUGAAUGACUCAGGGUCGGCAGGGUUAGGGGUCAGCGUCAAGGGUAACAGGUCAAAGGAAAACCACGCUGACCUCGGAAUCUUUGUCAAGUCUAUUAUCAACGGAGGAGCUGCCUGCAAGGAUGGGAGACUGCGAGUGAAUGACCAGCUCAUCGCUGUUAAUGGAGAGUCGUUGUUAGGAAAAACCAAUCAUGACGCCAUGGAAACACUGCGAAAGUCCAUGUCGACGGAGGGCAACAAACGAGGAAUGAUCCAGUUGAUUGUGGCGAGACGAGUGAACAAACACAAUGAGGGUGAAACGCCGUGCAGUCCAUGCGGGCCAGAACAGACUCUGAGUCCAUCUCUGGACGAUCACGAGCGGCGGAUCUCUCAUACACUAUACAGCAUUGAGGGACUGGACGAUAACCUGAGACCCCGCAACAACAUGACCAGCAGAGGGUUGGGUCACUAUCAGCUCUCUCCUACAGUCAACAUGCCUCAGGAUGAUACGGUCAUAAUUGAAGAUGAUAGGCCACCUGUUCUUCCUGCUCACCUCUCUGACCAAUCCUCGUCCAGUUCCCAUGAUGACAUGGCUUUCAUUGCAGAAACGCAGCCAUCCUGGAUUCAGGAGGUGCCCAUUCAGAAUGACAGUUCUCUGUGUGUAGGUGGGGAGGAUGAUGCUGGGCUGUUUCACAGGGAAGGCUUUGGAAGGCAGAGCAUGUCUGAGAAGCGCACUAAGCAGUACGGCGACGUCAGCCAGCUGGACAUCAUCAAGACCCGCAAGUCCAAGAGCAUGGACCUCGUGGCUGAUGAGAUUAACCUCACCACUCACACCGAGAACCAUUCAGGUUCUUCAUCACGUGACGUCGGCCCGUCUCUGGGUCUGAAGAAGUCAAGCUCUUUGGAAAGCUUACAGACUGCCGUUGCCGAGGCAACGCUCAACGGGGACCUCCCCUUCCACAGGCCACGCCCUCGUAUUAUACGGGGGCGGGGCUGCAACGAGAGCUUCCGGGCAGCAAUUGACAAAUCAUAUGACAGACCAGCAGCCAGUGAGGAAGAUGGGGAGACCAUGGACAUACUUGAGGAAGACACAGAAGAAAGCUCCCGAUCGGGCCGAGACUCCGUUUCCACGGUAGCUGAUCUCACACCACUUCCUGUUGCUGAGCGACAGCUUGCCAAUGGCAACCAACCUGCAAAUGACAAGAAAAAAGAAAAAGGAGGAAAGGAGAAAAAGAAAACUGAGGAGAAGGAGAAGAACAAAGGAAAGAAGGGAGUGCUGAAAGGUCUUGGAGAGAUGUUCAGGUUUGGAAAACAUCGUAAAGAUGAUCGUAUGGAUAACAAGAGCAGUAAGUGGAGGCUAGAGGAGACGCAAGCUACAGAAGAGGAGACGCACAGGAUGAGGCAAGAGCAGGAGAGAAUCCAGGCUAAGACGCGAGAACUGCGUGAGCGGCAGGCUCGGGAGAGGGAUUAUGCAGAGAUUCUGGACUACAGUCAGGCUUGUGUAUCCAGCGAGGAUCAGGAUCGCUCCUACACAGGCAUCGCUUCACUCCAGGCCUCUCUGGAGCGGGGCACUUAUCAUGGCUACCGCACACCCCCCGACUCGCCCUACACACACCCCAGCAACCGCAAUGGACACCCUCCUGCAGACAGUAAUAGGCUGGCACCUAGCAACCAUGACCGGAUACAGCGCUUACGUCAUGAGUUUCAGAAGGCCAGGCAGGAAGAGGAGGAGCCAGAUGACCGGCAUCGCACCUACAGCCUCGAGCAGCCAUGGACCAGCGGAGGAACACACACUCAGUCCGGUCGUCACUCUGUGUCAGUGGAGGUGCAGCUACAGAGACAGAGACAGGAAGAGAGAGACAGCUUCGCACAGGCACAGAGACAGUACAGCUCUCUGCCACGCCACCCUCGUAAAACUCCCAGUCUGUGUGAGGACCCGUGGGAGAAAGCCCAUCCUUCAAGAGAUGCUUUCCAGUCAGCUAAAGACAGUGGACGCUACUCCAGCUAUCAGGGGUCCCGCACCACGCCCCGUUCUGCCUGGAGAAACGGAAUCCCCACUUCACCGGUGAGUGGUGGCUACAAUGCCCGCGUCCUAUUAGAGGCCCAGGAGCUGCUGCGGCAGGAACAAAAGCGCCGCGAGCAGGAGGUGAGAGGAAAAGCCUUGAGGGAGGACUAUGAAUCCCAGGAUUCCAAGGGGCCGUACAGACAGGACGUCCCACCUUCACCGUCCCAACUGGUCAAACUCAGUACGCAUCGCGUACACACACCAGAGAAAGCACGACUUUUCCACUCGUGAGGACGAAGGAGAGAUGAACCUUUUUCUCCUCUUCAUCUUUUUCUCUGAAAGAGGAAGCCAGAGAGAGAAGAUGGAAGAACUCGAGGAACAGUUUCCUCUUAUUAGUCAUUUUUAUUACGCAGCUGCUCUAUUAAAAAUAAAGGUGCCAAAAAGGGUUCUUUGGAGUGAAGCCAUAGAAAAACUACUUUUGGUUCACUAUAGAACUUUUCAGUGGACGGUUCUUCAGAGAACCAUUUUCUAAACGAGUUGUACGAGUGUGAAGGAGUUGGCUUUAAUUUAAGUUUUUCCAAACCAAGAACCUUUUAGUAGCCUUUAUUUUUAAAGUGUAAGGCACAUCUGCCUGACUUACACAUGGUCAGCUGGACCCUAGUACAUAGCAGUAAGCCCACACCCCUAUCCCUGCCUGCUACUGAGUGCCUUCUGAUCGUAAGGUCGUUCUACCCUGCCUUAGUCCAGCUCAUUCGUCCAGACUGUUGAAGGACAGUCUCCAUUCUUGUGUUCUGACAAUCAGACAGAACAAGACCCACCUCCUGGGCCUUUUCUGUAGAAGUGCAACUGUCAAUCACAUUUAGCGCUGACCAUGUGGUACUGUGACUGUCGUCAGAAUGUGCUAUUGUGUGUUUCUCAUUUUUAUAUGAUCUGUGGCCACUACAGGUACUCAUUAGGUCAAAAAUCUAUUUUUGUAAUAUAUUACGUCACUCUCAUACAGAAAGCUUGCAGCUCCAAAACUUAACUUAGUUCUUAACAUCUGUCACUCUAACAUAAACCUGAAAGGCUGACUUUUCCAUAUUUCUGUAGGUCCGUGUGUUAUGAAAUGAUCAUACUCCAAAAAGAGCAGUUGGCAUAUUCAAAUUAAAUUUCUCUUAUGCCAAUGACAGUAAAUGUACACCACACAGAAGGGGUGUCACCCUCCAUCCUGGAAGGCCACAGCACUGGACAGUUUAUUUUUUCCCUGGUCUUAUUAUAGGUCUGCAAAACUCACAGUUUAGUGACAAAAACAAUAUACUGCAGUGGAAAGAUUGGAACAGUGUGUGAACGACAACCAUUUAGCGUUCCCAAAAUCUGAAAAUGUCCCAAAUCUUUUCACCUAAUGGCCAGGCAGACUUCAGUUCAGUGGAGCAGGUCUGUUUAAUUACACCAGUGAACGUGAGCCUUCACAUUUAGAAGAAAGGCAAAAUAAGAGAGCCAACAGUGUGGAUUUUACCAAGGUGUCUUUCCCACUAAUGAUAGGAGGGGCUACCAGCAAAUCAGUAUAGCAGGAGAUGGUCAGAGAUUCUGGAAUCCGAGCUCGUUAUCCUUCAUUUGAUAUGGUCCUUUCCAGAACUGAACCAGAUAUAUUAGACGUCAUUCACAAAGACAUGUUAGUAUCCAUUAAGAGGAAAAAUAUGGCAAAACAAAGUUGAUGCACUUAGCUGGUUUGUUGUAAGUGUGUUUUUGGGCGAACGGCUGCUGUUCUUCACAGAAGCAAGCAAAAGAGAAGCUCAACGUGGUUAACGACCAUUUCCAGCAGAAUUGGUGAACUUUUUCAGCAGACAAUGGAGUAUAAUUGCCAUGAGCGGGAAUCUGUUGUCCAUUAACACAUUGAUCAUUGAAAUCAGUGCCAUUUACAGAAAUAUUAGAGCAGGUUAGCAGGUUGGCAAUGUGCUGCUGCACACUGCUUCCAAGUUAGAGUUCAUUUUAAGAUUUUAUGGAAAAGACAUUGUCAGAACUUCUAUGCUUUUUUCUAACUACCCUAACCCAAGGUUGAUGAUCGCCAACAGUAUGGUUUCCCAGGGAGAGGACAGAUAUGAUGUUUCAGUAUCCGGUUUUUGUCCCACCUACUUUUAAAGUGAGUCAGAGGAAAGUUGCUGGUCAGCUGACAAUCUAGAUGAUAAAAUGGAAUGAUGAAUAUAAUUCCAAUCAAAGUAGAGCAUAUCGUUGAUAUAUGGAUCUGUGAGCUACCUCCAUUUCCAUUGGUAUGCUACCCCCAUAUUCAUAGUUUUGCUACUCCAUUUCCAGGGGUGGAAAUACUACUGAAAAUCCUUUAUUAAAAGUACUGUUAAUUUAGGGAUAAUUUACUUGAGUAUGAGUAAAAAUAUUAAUUAAUUGAAUUAUUCAAUUAAAUAUGCUAGCCACGAUUUUAUAGUUAUGCUAUCCCGUUUCCAUGGUUAUCCUACCCAAUUCCAUACUUACAAUAGCCCCAGUUCCAUAGUUAUAAUCCCAGUUCUAUGGUUUUGCUACCCCCAUUUCUAUGAUUAUGCUAACCCAUUUCCAUUACUACAAAGCCCCCAUUUGCAUGUUAAAUGACUCACCAUUACUUACUAAAUACGGUUAUGACAAAGAAAUUAGUUUAAAAUAUUCAAAACUAUUGAAUAGCACUAUUAGAGCUGGGAAAACACUAAACUGUGCAGUGCUGUAGCGCAACCCCCUCCACCCUCUUUGUGAUACAGAAGAAAAAUAGUGUUUCUUAUUGGGUUCUUUUUUUGCUAAGCUAAACAUCUGAAGGGUUUUAUUCACCAUGUGUAUAAAGAGGCCUUGUCAGGGUCAGCGCGGUAGUAACUGUUCGAUUCUUUCAAACGCUGGAUUUGAAGUGUGUGCUGAGUGUAGUGAGAGUCAGGGUGGUGUUUAAGAGAAAAGGCUCAGCGCUCUCAAAGCAGCAGCUUAUUAAUUGAUGCCUCUCAUGAAAUUUUCAGCGCCGUCUCACUCACACAGACACAGUGUGUGUGAUCUCAGACCCAGCACUCUUCUGUCUGCCAGGUGUGUGUGUGUGAGCAUCUGCAUACAUGUUGUGCCCUACUGCACCAGAUGAUCCACGCUGAAUUUUUCAUCUCUCUGGUCCUGUGACAAGAGGCCACCAUGGUGUGAGUGUUCAGACACAAAGACACUGUCUGAUAACCUCUCUGUGUGUGUGUGUCUGUGUGUGCGUGUAUGUGUGCCUGUGUGUGUUGGGGCUGUUCAGUUCCAUCCGUUUUGGGGUCAAUUCCAGUUCCAGCUGAUGGGAGUUGAUGGAGUCAAUUCCGAGAGUCAUUUUCUCAAAGUCAAUCUGAUCUAAACUUUACAGAUGAAACUUCAGGGACACGAGAUGUUUGUUUAACUGUGUGACUUACAGUGCUGUGCAAGGUCAGAGACUGUCCUUCAUUUAGUUAAUUGGCAGUCAAAACUGCCUUUAAGAGGACCCUCAAAAAACUAAACAUCAGUUUUUGGUAUAUGGUGUGUAUUUGUGUGUAUUUUUCCACACCUCCAAAGUUCAGUCUUAGAAGUUGGUUUUAUUUCCUGCUUCUCACCUUCCAAGUAAUCCCAAAUGCAUUCAGUAAU